CAUACCAAACGUGACAGUUCAUGUUUAAACUUGCUUUGCGUCGACUCGUAUAACAAUAAGCAAAACAAAACAGUGGAAGUAAACAAAAGUUUAUUAAGGUUUAAAUUGUUCACACAGUCAUGUAAGUUUGACAUAUGUAAGUUGCUUAUAUACUGACUUUAGUAUUCAAUGUUUGGACAGUGUUGUUUUAAAAAAAGAUUCAUACACGUUUAUGUUCUAGUUGAGGUGAAAUAGGAUUGUUUAUCAAAACUAAAUAUUCAAGAUGGCGACCUUUUCUCAGUCAACUGUGGCUAAAGGCUCUGACUCAGUUAUAGACUUUUGUUGUUCGCCAUGUCUAGAACACAAAACUGACCAGUGGGCGGAGUUUUACUGCGAAAACUGUCUUAAAUUUUAUUGUGCAAACUGUAUAAACCUUCAUGGUCAGUUGUUUGGGAAACACGUGACAUAUGGAAGGAGAGAAACAAAAAAGUGGCCAGUGCCCAAAGAAGUGGAGGAUUUCCUUCAAAAAUGUGACAUUCAUGAAGGAAAACGUCCAGAAUUGUUUUGUUAUGACCACAGUCAGCUGUGUUGCACUGAUUGUUCUUUUCUCAAUCACAGACAAUGUGUUAAAGUGACACUGAUAUCCGAGUCAGUCAACGGACCUCCACCAGAUUUGCAGAGACUAUCAAGAAAGAUUCAAACUAUUCUUGUAGAACUACAGAGACUUCAGAAUAAUUGGGACACCAACAUGCAUUCUUUGCAGGUGUCGUACAACGAAGAAUUACAUGAAAUACGUCAAACACGCCAGAAAAUAAAUACAAUUUUAGACGAGAUUGAAAAGACCACCCUUAAAGAGCUAGAUGCUAAGAUGACCAGUUUGAGAGCUGCCCUCAAUACUGAUUUGGAAAAUUGCAACAAGCUAAAACAUGAACUUAAACGACUCAGUAACGCAAUAGAAAAUAUUAUUGAUAAGGGCAAAGCUGACCUUAUAUUUAUUGCAAGUAAGAAAUGCCUGGAAAAGAUAAAGCAGUCUGAAACGUACCUGAAGGAGAACUCUGUUCAGGUAGAAAAAUACUGGCAUUUCAGGCAGACAGUGAUGUUCAACAGUACUUGUCUAAAUUGUCAGGUCUCGGGAGAUUUGUUGUAUGUACUCAAGCUAUUCAUCUGCAAGGUGACCCAGACCAGGUAUUAACUGUCCACGAGAAUU